GUGACAAAGGCACUCAGCUCAGCAGCUAUACCGGUCCAUAAUGUUUUUUGCUGCGAACGAGGUGCCCGAGGGUAAAACCGCGCGGCUAUUCCGAGGCCGAAUAAUAAUCAGGAGGCAACCGACUGAAUUGAUGACGCCCCGAGUAACGGCGAUCAACGCAUCCGGCGGAACUGUCGAUCCCCCCCUCGUACUGUACCGCCUUCGCCGAUCCCACCGUGUUGCUGCGAACCGGCGAACGAAGGCGCACGCCGUCCCAGAUUCGUCCCAGGAGCCUGGAGCGGCGUGAGCCGGCACCGCAGCGACCGCCACUCGUGGGCCUCCCCCUCUCCUAUAGAGAUUGCCGUGGGCCGCCUGUGCUCGCUGUCUCUUUCUCCUGGCCCCAGCGGUCAUCAGUCUAGACUAGACCGUCCGCUCGCUCCGUUCUCUUCGACUUUUUGUUUUCGCGAUCCCUGGCUUUUCUCCUCUCAUCUCACUCUGUAUUCUGACGAACUCGACACUCCUGAGAGGCACCGGUGCCCACU